CCGAGACGUCAUUGCCAUAGCCUAUAGUACGUAGCAGCAAAUAUCAAGGCAGGCCAUACACUGGAGUUGCCAUUCUGGAGAUAGAAUAUGUCGAAGUCGAACGCCGUUGUGAAUGGACUGGCGGGAGCCGGCGGCGGCAUCAUCGCGCAGAUAAUCACUUACCCUCUCCAGACGGUGAAUACGCGGCAGCAAACAGAGCGAGUUGCUAAGAGAGUUCCCGGCUCGCACCAAUCCAGAGGCGGUACGCUUUUUCAAAUUUUGCAGGCAAUUCAAAACGAGGGAUUGGGGGGCCUCUAUAGCGGUCUCAAGCCUUCUCUGCUGGGCACGGCUGCUUCACAGGGUGUCUACUACUACUUUUACCAGGUUUUCAAGAACAAAGCAGUUGCUAUUGCAGCUGCAAAUAAAAAGAAAGGUAGUGGAGAUGGUUCUGUUGGGAUGUUUUCUUGGCUUGUCGUGGCAGCUCUUGCAGGGUCGUUGAAUGUAUUGCUGACAAACCCUAUAUGGGUUCUUGUUACUCGCAUGCAGACCCAUACUCAAGCAGAAAGAAAAAUUGUCGAGGCAAAAAGGGAAACCUUGUUAAAGGAAGCUUCUGAAAAUGACUUGUUAAGGUCUUCUUUGCCUGAGAAACUGGCUGAACUUGAUUCAUUAAAACCACAUCCUUAUGGGACAUUCCAUGCAGCACUGGAAGUUUAUAAUGAAUCAGGAAUCAUUGGAUUCUGGAAAGGAGUAAUUCCAGCAUUGAUCAUGGUGUCCAAUCCUUCAAUUCAAUUCAUGAUUUAUGAGACUUCUUUAAAGCAUUUAAGGACUAAACGCAACAAGCGCAAUACAGAAACUGUAUCUGCUUUAGAGGUUUUCUUAUUAGGGGCCUUAGCAAAGCUUGGAGCAACUAUCUCAACAUAUCCCCUAUUAGUUGUCAAGUCGAGGCUUCAAGCAAAGCAAGAAAUUGGAGGCAACACCUCUUUAAGAUAUUCAGGCACUCUUGAUGCUAUUAUAAAGAUGAUCCGAUAUGAAGGGCUGAAAAGCUUCUAUCAAGGGAUGAGUACAAAGAUUGUGCAGAGUGUGUUUGCAGCUUCUGUACUCUUUAUGGUAAAGGAGGAGCUUGUAAAGGCUCACACUGUUUUAGCUAACAAAGCUGGAAAGUUGAAGCAAAUACGAUGAAAUGUAUCUUCCAAAUAUCCCUUCUGCAUACAGUUGGGGCUUAUGGCUUGUGAUUCUUAUUAUUUUUGUUUAUAUAUGUAUAGUGCAAGUUAUAUUUGUACUGUUGAGUGUAUGGAAAAGGAAUCAAUGCUGUUUUGAUAUUUAUUGUUUAGUUUUUACAUGUA